UUCAUCAUGGACUUCAUGCUGAGCGGAGUGGCGGCGUGCGGCGCGUGCCUGUUCACCAACCCGCUGGAGGUGGUAAAAACCCGGAUGCAGCUCCAGGGUGAGCUGAAGAGCCGCGGGACAUACCGGCUUCAUUACCGGAACGUUUUCCACGCCUUCUACACCAUCGGGCGCGUGGAGGGGGCAUCCGCGCUGCAGAAGGGGCUGGUGCCCGCGCUCUUCUACCAGUUCUUCAUGAACGGGGUGAGACUCGGAUCAUAUGCCGUCAUCGAGUCUGCGGGGUACAUCCACACCGAGGGCCGCGUGAGCACGGGGAAAAGCACGGCUGCCGGGGCUCUGUCCGGGGUCGUGGGAGCCUUCGUGGGCAGUCCCAUCUACAUGGUAAAAACACAUCUGCAGAGUCAGGCCACAUCCUCCAUUGCUGUGGGACACCAGUACCAGCACAGAGGGAUGAUACAUGCUCUGUCGGUGAUACACAGGAAGCAUGGCAUUAUGGGACUGUGGCGAGGUUCUGGUGCGGCAGUACCGAGGGUGAGUGUGGGUUCUGCAUCUCAGCUCUCCACCUUCUCCCUCGCCAAGGAGCUCAUUACUGAUCUGGAGAUAUUCCCAGGUGGCAGCUGGUUGGUGUCUCUCUGUGCCGGGAUGAUUAGCAGUGUGGUGGUUGUUCUUUUCAUGACUCCAUUUGAUGUCAUCAGCACACGACUCUAUAAUCAGCCUGUGGAUCACCGUGGAAAGGGUGAGCUGUACCGAGGUUUCCUGGACUGUUUCUCUAAGACCCUGAGGAAGGAAGGAGUAAUUGGGCUGUAUAAAGGUCUGGGUGCAUCUUAUUUCAGAGUCGGACCACACACUAUUCUCUCACUGCUGUUCUGGAACCAGCUACGAACACGUCACCACAGCUAACACACACACACACACACACACACACAGUGGUGAUUUCUUAUUUGUUUGCAUGCUUUCACACUUUGCAGUUUCAGAUCAUGAGACUAAUUUAAAUAUUAGUAAAAGAUAAACACAAGUGAACAACAUGCAGUUUUUAAAUGAAGGUUUUUAUUAUUGAGGGAAAACAAAAUCCAUAACUACAUGGCCCUGUGUGAAAAAGUGUUUGCCCCCUAAACCUUAUAACUGCUUGGGCCGUCCUCAGCAGCAACAUCUGUAAUAAAGUGUUUGUGAAAACUU